AUGAGAGGCCAAGAAAUGGAGAAUCAGUCAAAUAUACCCAGUAGUGACAUGAAUCAAGAAAUGGGUUUUGUGAAAGAGGAGGAAUAUAACCACUCGAAAAAUUUCCCGGCUGCUUCCUUAGUUGGUGGUGGGUCUUGGUGGUGGCAAAGUGUGAAGCCAUUUGUUCAUGGAGGAUUAGCAGGAGCUACCUAUUAUGCGCUUUCUUGGGGAUCCUUCCAGUUUAUUGAACUGCCACUUCUUCGCAUACUUGGUGAUGAAUUUAAAGAGUCUGCCAAAAUAAGAGAGGAUUUAGGCAGGCUUGCAAAAUCAAGGACCUCUUACGGGGGUCUGCCUGCACAAGUGCUGGCUGUAACUCUGUAUAGAGCAUUGGCAUUCGGAUCGUAUGAUGUUUUGACAAGAAAGGCAACUGCUCACAACAAAGGAAUACCACUGAGUAUGUAUCAAGAAGCCUGCUGCGGAAUUCUUGCUGGAGUAGCUGAAGCAUGCAUAGCAUCUCCAUUACGAUAUGCAGCCCUAUGUGUGCAAGCUGACCGAAACAAACCAACUGCACAGCGUUUGAAUUAUAGAAAUGCAUUUGAUGCCGCCUACCGAAUCAGUGUAAAUCAGGGGAUUUCAGCAUUAUGGAGAGGAGGACUCCCUUAUGCAAAGACAGUUGUGGCAUUUGACAUGGGCAUGUUGGCAUCAUACAAUCGAAGUUUCAAUUACUUCUGGGCUUCUCGUGGUUACAAUGAAACAAUUGCAACGCUUGGUGCAGGUGCUGUCUCGUCAUUUUUUGGUAUAGCUUGUUGCAGGCCAUUUGUGGUUAUUCAAGAUUAUAUGCUUCAUGCGAAACCCGGCUCUGAUGGGAAGCCUCCAUUCACAAGCUCUUUCGACUGUGCCCUGAAAAUUUUGAAAGUGAGAGGUCUCAGGGAAUUCUACCACGGAUUUUCACUGCAUCUCACCCGUGUAACCCCGGCUGUCAUGUUUACAUGGCUAGUGUUGGAAGAUAUCCGGAAAGAGAAGGGAUUCGCUUGAUUGUAGCAAUCAUGAACAACGAGGACCUACUACUACUGUGAUUAAACUCUUAUUUAAGAUUCAUAGUGUUCUAAAGCUAUCUAAGGCAUGUCACCAUACUCCUUGAAUUGUCCAGGGGAUUGUGAAACGGUGUCGUUUCGUGAUCUUGUUUCAAAUCUACAGUCAUGAUGCAUUUUCCUGCAGAGUAUAAAUCUCUGUAACCUUGGAAAUUACAGAAGUUGAGAAGAUGGUAGCUUCAUAUCAACCAUCCCUUGAACCUUUUUGUCAGACCAA